GUACCGAGGGAGUCAUGUGCAAAGUGCAACACAUCUGCAAGUCAAUGGAAGGUAAGGUUAUGUUGGAAUUUUAACCUCAAAAUUUAAAACGAUUGCGGUCUUCUUUUGGUCCCGAAUUUAAGCAGAGAACAGCGUAGAUAUGACAAUAAACGUAAUAAAAUGCUUAUCUCAAAUAGCUUCGUAUUUAAAAGUCAAUCCGGGAAAAAUCACCUUGGAAUCGAGUACCGCACCCACACGUUCAUUUAAUUCCACAGUCAUUACAGGCUUUACCUCUAUAAUAUUUCAGUUUUUGAAAGAAUCUAAUUGCGAUAUAACGGGCUUAACAGGAGCAGAAAUUCGUCAGUGGUUAGAGUAUUGUGCAGUUUACAUAUUAAAUGCGGAUAGUGCACAGAGUGUGGAACAAAUAUUAAAGGAAUUGAACGACUUAUUGAGUUCCAAGACUUACCUUGUGGCAUUUCAACCCAGUAUUGCCGAUGUUACACUGUUCUACUGUUUACAUAACAUUAUGGCAAACUUGUCAUAUUUGGAUAAGGAGAAGUAUUUAAAUGUGUCACGCUGGUUCGAUAACAUGCAGCAAGAUGUCUCGGUCAGACAAAAAAAUAAGGCGGUUGACUUCAGUACAAAUUACUUAACUUGUGUAGCACCUGCACGUCAUUAAUAAACAAUAUACUCAUA